UCAAUUUAAGUGAAUUCAAUUCAAUUCAGACUGCUAUUACUUCCUGCAGUACAUUCAGAAGAGAAUAAUACGUGCAGAAUGAGCAGGUUCAUGUGUCUGCGUGUGCCGUCGCGGGGAUUGGCGCGGAGCAGCGGGGUCAAGAUGUGGAUGCGACCUGGCCGGGCGACGACGGGUCUACGACCGUAUGCCUCGACUGCUCCCGAACCAGCAGUUAAGAAGAGUCUGGGCGAGAUUCUCGCGAGCGCUAUCAAGACCACCGGCCCGAUAAGUCUAGCCGCCUACAUGCGCCAAUGCCUGACCAACCCCGAAUCCGGCUACUACAUCAACAAAGACCCCUUCGGCGCCGGCGGCGACUUCAUCACCUCUCCCGAGAUCUCGCAGAUGUUUGGCGAGCUGGUGGGCAUCUGGGUGCUCACGCAGUGGAUGGCGGUCAGCAAGCCCGACGAGUCGCGGCUGAUCGAGCUCGGUCCGGGACGGGGGACGUUGAUGGCGGAUAUGUUGAAGGCGUUUCAGAGCUUUGGGUAUUUUAAUCAUACGGUUAAGGAGAUUUGUUUGGUGGAGGCGAGUCCGACGUUGAGGGAGAUGCAGCAUAAGUUGCUUUGUGGGGAGGAGCCGUUGGAGGAGACUGAGUAUGGGCAUAAGAGUAGAACGAAAUACGGCCAGCUGAUAAGCUGGUACAUGGACUUGAAGACCGUCCCGAAGGACGACUGCGCGCCAUUCAUAAUCGCCCACGAGUUCUUCGACGCGCUCCCGAUCCACCAAUUCGAACACACCCAGCACGGCUGGCGCGAACUCCUAGUCGACUACUCCGUCCCCAAAGUCGAGACCCCGCUCUCGCUCCCCAACCAAACGACCUCAAUCGGUCCCGAGGUUGCAAAAUUCCACCUAACCGUGCCCGCGUACGCGACCGCGAGCAGCAGAGUCAUCCCCUCUUCCUCCGAGCGGUACAAGAAACUGCCGAUCCACUCCAAGAUCGAAGUCAGUCCGGAGUCGUGGGACGUCGCGCUCGAGAUCGCGAAGCGGAUCCAGGAAACCGACGAGCUCGGCCGCGUCGUCAACGCGGGAUCGGCGCUGAUCGUCGACUACGGGCCCGCGGAUACAAUCCCUGUCGACAGUUUGCGCGCAAUCAAGCAGCACCAUAUCGUGUCGCCGUUCGAGGAGCCCGGGGCGGCGGAUUUGUCGGCCGAUGUGGAUUUCGUGGCGCUGAAGGAGGUUGCGCGGAAGGAAGCGGGGGUGGAUGUGCAUGGCCCGGUCGAGCAGGGGGAUUGGUUACAUACGCUGGGAAUUGGUGCGCGCGCGACGGUGCUGGCGAAUAAACAGACUACGCAGGAAGGAAAGGAUAGGAUCGCAAAGGCGUAUAAUCGAUUGGUCGAGAGGUCUGGUGGCGCGAUGGGAAAGGUGUAUAAAGUCAUGGCGUUUACUCCAAAGGGGUCGCCGGUGCCUGUUGGAUUCGGCGGUGAGGUCGUCGAGUGAAUGUAUAUAGGCCCUGUUGAUGACUAUUUUUCCUGUAGAUAACUAUUUUAUUUU